AUGACAGCUGUUGUACCACGGAACUUCGUACUGCUCGAUGAGUUAGAGAAGGGCGAGAAAGGAAUCGGGGAUGGAUCCAUCAGCUAUGGGUUGGACGGUGACGAUUUCUCAACUAUGACAUCGUGGAACGGCACUAUCCUUGGCAGGCCAUCGUCCGCUUUCGAGAACAGAAUAUACAGUUUGAAAAUCCACUGCGGCCCGGAAUACCCUGACAAGCCCCCAACUGUCCGAUUUCUAACCAAAGUCAACCUCAAAUUCGUGGCAAGCGACGGACAGGUGAACAUGAGCAAGUUGAAAAGAUUGUCGCCUUGGUCGCGGAAUUUCAGAAUGGAGGAUACCCUGAAAGAAAUCAGAGAUAAUAUGGUGUCACGAGAGAACGCUAAGUUGUCCCAACCCGCGGAGGGCACGAUGUACUAA